AUGCAGGCGCACCAACACCCACAAGCUCACACACACGUUUUCUCUUUCUUUUCUUCAAAUCUCAUCUCUCAAACACGACAGGCGGGCGGAUUUAGACGAACACAUCCGUCCUUACCAGUUGGGUCUUGUCUCGUCGUCGGCACGAGCGAAGGCAUAUCCGCGACCGCGUUUAAAUUGAGGAACAAAAUUGCGAUUCGAACAAAGACGGAUACAGGCGAGACGAACGAAGUCGUGUGGGAUGUAGCGAACGGGUCCGAGGAUUUAUCGCGAAUCGCGAACGAAGGAAAAUUCUGGUCGUACAUCGCGGGAACGAUUCAAGAAGUGUAUAAGAAAUACGGAAAUGUAGGUGGGAUAUGCGUCGAGGUGACGAAAUGUUCGUUACCGGUGAAGAAAGGGUUGUCUUCGUCGGCGGCGAUAUGCGUGCUCGUGGCGAGAGCGUUUUCGAAGUGUUACGCGAUGGAGAAGGAGAUGAGUGUGUUGGAGCAAAUGGAGUUGGCAUAUUUGGGGGAAAUUGCGACGCCGUCUCGGUGUGGUCGAAUGGAUCAAGCGUGUGCGUUUGGGAGUGGAGUGUGCGUUACGAUGACCUUCGACGGCGACGAGAUGAAGUGCGAAGAGACGCCGGUUGGGAACGAAAGGACGGUUGGGGGCGAGAGUACGAGCGACAACGAAUGCUUUCACAUCGUUGUGUGCGAUUUGGACGGCCAAAAAGACACGGUAAAAAUCUUGAAGGACUUGCAAUCCGCCUUUGAAAAUGUGCCUCCCAAGGUUGAAAACGCUUCGCACGCGGACGCGCAAAAGUUCCUCGGUAAACUCUCUUACGAGUACGUCCAAACCGCCAAACGCGCGCUCUCAAGUAACAACGCCAAACUCCUCGGUCAAACCUUUACGGAGUACCAACGCGCGUUCGAUCUGCACUUAGUUCCGCUGUGUGAAUCCGAACUGACUGCGCCGAAACUCCACGCCAUAUUAGCCGACCCAAAGGUCAAAAUUUACAGUUACGGCGGUAAAGGCGUCGGAUCGCAAGGCGACGGAAGCGCGCAAUUCGUCGCCAGGGACGCGUUCCAAGCCGAUUUACUCGAAAAGCACCUCCGAAACGUCUGGAAGUUGGAACACGUCAUGAGAGUGGUGAUUAAAAGCACUUCUUCGAGUUCGCUUUAG